AAUAAACAUUUGUCACUCGCGACCACGAUAUUUUGAAACGUUCCAAGUAGAAGCUACGGAAGUUAGCUGCACAGCGACAUCUAUGCUAAGAACGAUAACUCUUUCCGUGUUCCGAAUGUCAUUGACUCAACGGUAACGCACGAGAGGCCCGAAAAAAAGUUCGGGAAAAGUUUUAGCGCAAUGUUUAAGAAAAUGGAUGUAGAUCAAUUGUUUACUUUUCAAGCAGCAAUAAAUGGCCAUAACUUGGUCAUCACUGGCCAAGCUGGGACAGGAAAAACACACAUAACAAAAGAAAUUGUAAAACACAUUAGGUAUACUAAAAAAAAAAGAAGUAUCAAUAGUAUGCUCUACAGGCAUUGCAGCAACACUUUACCAGGAUUUGAAAGCCCAGGCACUUCAUAGGUGGGCUGGCAUUGAAGACGGCAGAUAUUCAAAUGCUGAAAUUUUGCAUUUAAUUAAUCAUGAUGAAAGAUUUCAAACAGCUAAGAAACACAUUCAAUCAGUAAAAACACUUAUUAUAGAUGAAGUUUCCAUGAUAAGUUCCAAAAUUUUACAACAGGUCCAAUACUUAUGUAAAAAUGUGCGAAAAUCAAACAAAAUUUUUGGCGGCAUACAAAUAAUUUUAGGAAGCGAUUUUUAUCAACUUUCACCUGUUUCAAAUGAAUUAUAUGGCGAUCUAGGCAAACAUUGUUUUAUGCUGCCAUGGUUUGAUGAAUUUUUUACCCAUAAAAUUAUUUUAAAUAUCAUCCAUCGCAAAGACGAACCAAAUCUUAUAAAAUGUGUAAAUGAAUUAGAAAUCGGUACUCCAUCAGAUGAAACAGUGGCGUUUUUGAACUCUUUAGACAGACCUUUGGAAAAUGAAGAUGACUGUGUACAUUUAUUUGCAAGAAAUUUUGAUGUGGACAUGUUAAAUUAUACAAAACUGCAACAAAUUCCAGGUGAAUUAAAGAUUUAUUAAUCAAAAGAUGAAGGCACUGAAUACUAUUUGAACCGGUUUCCUGUCUCCAAAAAUUUGGGACUCAAGAUUGGCUGUCCAGUAAUGAUAACUAAGAAUUUAAAUGAACACUUAGUCAAUGGGAUCUGUGGAACUCUAACUAACUUGAAUGAGGACUCUAUCGAUGUAAAAUUCGAAAUAAAAGACAAGAUGCAUACUGUCAAUAUUGUACCUGCAACAUUUACCACUUAUGAUCCUGUUGAUAAGAUUGUGCUUGCUACACGAAUACAGCUUCCAAUAAAGGUGGCUUAUGCUUUCACAAUACACAAGUCACAGGGCAUGACAUUGAAAAAUUUCAUUGUUAACUGUCAGUCUUGCUUUCAACCAGGACAACUAGGUGUUGCAGUAGGGCGAGCUGUUUCUGUUGCUGGAUUAAAAAUUCUGAAUUUCAAUAAAAGUCUUUGCAGAAAACAUUCAAACAGUGUAAACCAAUUUUAUACAGAUUUCACACCUGGUGAAUUAAAGUUUGAUUUAUCAUGCUGCAGAAAUAAAAAUAAAAUUGACAACAGAAUUCAAGAAAAUUCAGAUACUGACACAGGGUCUGAAAUUGAGAAUACAGAUAUUUCUGCUCAUGAUGUUAAAUUUAUUGAUGAGGAUUCUGAUUUUUCAAAUUCUGAAAUUGAUAAACUUGAAUAUUUGGAAAACAUUGUUGACAAUUCAAGCUGCAGAGUGUUUCAGUUGCAAUCACUUACUGCAUUGGAAAAUGUUUCUUUGGAAUUUAUGGAUACUCCAUUUGAAAAACAAAUAACUGACUUUAAGCAAAGCAUCAUCAGUAAUUACAAGUGUUUUGAUGACUGGUUUGCAAAGCAGUCUUCACUUAUAGAUGACAUCAGACUGCUAUGUUUUCCUGAAGAAGAGAAAAACUUUUCACAGAAGCACAGAAAUGAAUUUUUUAUCAAAUUCAAUAAGUACAUGAACUCAAAAGAAUUUGAAAAUGGCACUAUGAACCUAUUGAACUCAUAUAACCAGGAUGUGAAGGGACCUGCUUUGCGAUUAUUGACAUCAGUUUUAUUUUACCUUGAAAGAAGCUUCUUCCAGACUUUGUGUACUCAUCUUCAGUUAACUUCCCCAGAACCUCUGACAAAACCUGCUACUGAUAAAACCUUGGACACUGCAGGCAAAGUAGUUAAAGAGGAACUUCUUCGUGAUCCUGACUUAUAUCAAUCAUGGCUGGAGUGUGUUUCAGACUCUUUCAAAACUGCACCACAGAGUGAACAGAGACAUAGCAUUGAAGAACUAAUGUUUUUCCUGGUGAUGUUCCAUAGUGGCAGUCAACUCAGCUCCUGCUCCACCAAGACUCUUUUGCUACUUCCCCAUGAGAUGAAGCAUGUCAGCAUUCAGUACCUCUUCCGCCAGAUGAUUACGCAUUUUUGCUUCGGAUGUUAA